AUGGGGAUGAGGCGCGACCCGGGAAGCGGGCCUCAGGCGCGGGGAACUGGCUCGGGGAUCCCGCAAAGGCCUGUGGGUAGCGGCCGCGCUCCCGCUAAGGCCACUCAUUCACUCACCGCGCAGCGCUCUCCUCAGCCUGCCGCUAGUCUCAGGCCUCGCGGCCGCCGUUCACCGACAAAACCUCCCGCUCUGCCUUCCACUUGGGCAGCGUUCGCGUCAGCUGUCUUCAGAGGUCCGCGCCUCACGCGCAAACCGGGACGCUGCUCACCACCCGCGCGGCCUCAGCUCGCGACCAAGCGGGAGUGGGUCCUGUCUCGAAUCCCUCCGCCGGCCUCAGUGCGCAUGUGUGCACAAGUCAAACGCAACCCAAUGGGGGGGGCCUGGCCUUGCCGCUGCGCGGUGCCCCCCGAGCGGCCGCUGCCGCGCCACGCCUUUGCGCGCCAGCUCUGGCUGCUCUUUGAGUUCCCCGAGAGCUCGCAGGCUGCGCGGGUGCUCGCCGUGGUCUCCGUGCUCGUCAUCCUGGUCUCCAUCGUGGUCUUUUGCCUCGAGACGCUGCCAGACUUCCGCGACGACCGCGAUGACCCAGGACUCGCGCCGGUGGCGGCUGCCACUGGCCCGUUCCUCUCUCGGCUGAAUGGCUCCAGUCCCAUGCCAGGAUCUUCUUCCCGCCUGCCCUUCAAUGAUCCCUUCUUUGUGGUGGAGACCCUGUGUAUCUGCUGGUUCUCCUUUGAGCUGCUGGUGCGUCUGGUGGCCUGCCCAAGCAAAGCCAUAUUUUUCAAGAAUGUGAUGAACCUUAUUGACUUCGUGGCCAUCCUGCCUUACUUUGUGGCCCUGGGCACCGAGUUAGCCCGGCAGCGCGGUGUGGGUCAGCCAGCUAUGUCACUGGCCAUCCUAAGGGUCAUCCGAUUGGUGCGCGUUUUCCGUAUCUUCAAGCUAUCAAGGCAUUCAAAGGGCCUACAGAUCUUGGGUCAGACGCUGCGGGCCUCCAUGCGUGAGCUAGGUCUCCUCAUCUUCUUCCUCUUCAUUGGUGUGGUUCUCUUUUCCAGUGCAGUCUACUUUGCGGAAGUAGACCGGGUGGACACCCAUUUUACCAGCAUCCCGGAGUCCUUCUGGUGGGCAGUGGUCACCAUGACCACAGUUGGCUAUGGAGACAUGGCACCUGUCACUGUGGGUGGCAAGAUUGUGGGCUCUCUGUGUGCCAUUGCGGGUGUGCUCACCAUCUCUCUGCCCGUGCCGGUCAUUGUCUCCAACUUCAGCUACUUUUACCACCGGGAGACAGAGGGCGAAGAGGCAGGAAUGUACAGCCAUGUGGACACACAGCCCUGCAUCACACUGGAGGGCAAGGCUAAUGGGGGGCUGGUGGACGCUGAGGUGCCUGAACUUCUACCACCGCUCUGGCCCCCCGCUGGGAAACACAUGGUGACUGAGGUGUGAGGGACUGCUGGGGUCUUCAGGAAG